AUGAAAGUUAUCAUUUUUAUAUUUUAUAUAUAUACUACUAUAUAUUUUACUAUAUCACAAAUACAAAAUCAGAGUCAAUUAAAUCAUUAUUAUUUAAGAUUAUUUAUUUUAAUACCAAAUAAUGAUUGUUUAUUAUUGAAUGAAUUAUUUGAUUAUACCGCUAGUAUUGAAGAUACAAUUCAAUUAAAUAAACAAAUAACAAUUAAUUGGGCCUCUAACGAUACUACUAAUAAUAGUAGUAAUAUUGAACAAUAUAUCAUUCCUAUUACCGAUUGUAUAUUAACUAAUAAUACAUUUAUAAAUAUGUUAACAUUAUAUAAACAAAUUCAACAAUAUACCCAAAUUAUAAAUAAUGAUAAUAAUAAAAUAUAUUAUAAUAUAAUGAUAGGUCCAUAUCAUUCAAUAUUAUGUAAUCAAAUAAAUCAAUUAUUGAUGUUAUCAUAUAUUGAUUGUUUCAAAUCAUCAUUAAUGACAACAUUAAUAUAUCAUACUACUUAUCAAUGUCCAUUAAUAAGUAGUAUAACAUAUCAAUCAUAUUGUUAUAAUAAUACAUAUACUCAUCAGAAUGAUCAGAAUGAUAAUAAUAAUUUUACAAAUAUUCAAAGUUUAACUAUUGGUGCUAAUAAAUAUCAAUUAUCCAUUGCUUUAAUUAAACUAUUACAAUAUUUAAAUAGAUUAAAUAUAUUAAUUAUAUAUGAUAGUAGUAGUAGUAGUAGUAAUGUAUAUAAUCAUAAUAAUAAUGAUCCAUUAGGAAUAUUUAUUAAUCAAUUAGCUUAUCUAUUAUAUAAUGGUGGCAAUACUGGUAUAUCUGUUAAAGCAAUAUAUAAAUGGAAUAAUAAAGAAAAGAAUAUAACAAAUAUAUUACAAAUAGGAAAUGUAGACAUUUCUGCUUGUAUUGUAAUCGCUCAACUUUCAUUCUAUUCUACCUUAUUAAAAUAUAUUUAUCAAUGGGAUCAGAAUAUAUUAAAAACAAUUAUGUUUAUAGCAUAUGAUAUGUCUUUAUUCUCAUAUGAUAUACUUAAAGUAUGGAAAUAUAAUGCACAGAAUAUAGAUGGUGAUUAUUCAACACUUAUAAAUUAUGCAUUUGUUUUAACAUCACAUCCAUAUGGUUCAAAAUUACAUUUAACCGAUGAAUAUUUAAAUCAGAAAGAUUAUUUAGCAAUGAAAUUAACUUUGGGCAUGACAAUAUGUAAUUUUAAACAUCAUAUACAACAGAUGGAACAGGCACAACAAUUAUCACAACUACCAGAAGAUAAUGGUUUCUAUGGAUCAUUAAACAAUGCAACAUUGAAAAUUCCAAUAAAGUCAGAUUUAAGUUUAGCUAUACAAUUUCAUGAACAUCCAGAACAAAGUCAAGCUGCAUUAGAUUUUUAUUUAAUUAAUGCAUACACAUGUAAUGUUGAUAUUUCGAAUUCAUCAAUGAAUAUUACUAAUACUACAAUUAACAAUAUUACUGAUGAUACUGUAUGCUUAGAGAUAUUUUCAUCAAUGAUUUGGCCAGAUUACAAUGUUAGUAGUAUGGUAUUAGGAAGUGAUUGGCAGUUAAGUGCUACAUUACAACAAACUACGACAACUACAGAAUGUAUUCCAAAUAAUGGAAUAGUUAUGGCCCUCAUAUUCAUGUCAGUAUUAACAGCUACAAUAGCAUUUUCAUUAAUUGCCUUCUUAUUAGCAAGAUGUUACCGACGACGAAAAAUGUAUCGUGAAGGACCUAAUAAAUUAAUUCUUUAUCCAGAUGAUGUUGUAUUCAUGAAAACUCAUAAAACAGUUAAACAUACCACACCAAGUAAUGUUGAUCUACGUUUUCCAACAAUGACUAGUGAAACAAAACUUAAUGGAUCAACAACUAGUCAUAUAAAUCAAGGUAAAAUAGAUAAUCAAGCCAGAUCAUUGGUGUCAGUUAUGAGUGGUGAUGGAAUUGAAGAUACAAAUGUUGCACGUUAUAAUAAUAGUUUAAUUUAUAUAAAACGUUUAGAAUUGAAUAAUGCUGCAUUAAAAAGUAAAUUUUUAGAUCAUGUACGUUUAUUAAGAGAGAUACGUAAUGAAAAUGUCAAUCCAUUAAUUGGUUGUUAUGUUGAUAUUAGUGCGUUAUGUCUAGUAUUUGAUCAUUGUACAAGAGGAAGCCUAAAAGAUAUAAUCAAAAAAGAGUCCAUAAAUUUAGAUUGGGAAUUCAAACUUUCCUUAAUAACGGAUGUUGUCAAAGGUAUGAGAUAUAUUCAUUCAUGUCCAAUUAAAAAACAUGGUUGGCUUAAAUCUACAAAUUGUUGUGUAGAUGGUCGAUGGGUUGUAAAAAUAACCGAUUAUGGAUUACCAGAAAUUUUUGGUAUUUAUGGUACUAACAGAAAGAUGAAAGAUGAAGAAUGGUUAUGGACAGCACCAGAACAUUUACGUGAAGAAACAAAUAUUUAUACUGGCAGCCCGAAAGGUGAUGUUUAUUCAUUCGCUAUUGUAAUGCAAGAAAUUAUUACACGAGAUGAACCUUAUGGAAUGCUUGGAUUAACUGCAUCAGAAAUAUUAACUAAAGUUCGUAAACCACCACCACUGUGUCGACCGAAAGUUUCACAGUCUGAAGCUCCUCCAGCUUAUUUAGAAUUUAUGAAACGUGCAUGGGCAGAAAGUCCUGUAAUGCGACCAACAUUUGAAGAAAUCUAUCAACAACUUAGACAACUCAAUCAAGGAAAAAAAAUCAACAUCGUAGAUCAUAUGUUCAAGAUGAUGGAAAAGUAUUCUGCUGACUUGGAAGAUCAAGUACGUGUUCGUACAGAAGAAUUGGAAACUGAAAAGAAAAAGACUGAAUUACUAAUAGCAAGAAUGCUUCCUCCUGUUGUAGCUGAAACUUUAAUGUCUGGUAAAGCUGUUUGUCCUGAAGCAUUUGAUGAAGUGACAAUCUAUUUCAGUGAUAUUGUUGGUUUUACAACAAUAUCUGCAUUAUCUACACCAUUUCAAGUUGUUGAUCUGUUAAACGAUCUUUAUACAAUGUUUGAUUCGACAAUUGACUUUUAUGAUGUAUAUAAAGUUGAAACAAUUGGAGAUGCAUACAUGGUCGUCUCCGGUUUACCCAUACGUAAUGGUCAAUUGCAUGCGGGAGAAAUAGCUACUAUGGCUUUAGAUCUAUUGAGUCAAUGUGGAACAUUUGUAAUUCGUCAUAUGCCGGAUGUACCACUUCGUUUACGCAUUGGAUUGCAUUCAGGAUCAUGUGUUGCUGGUGUAGUUGGAUUAACAAUGCCACGAUAUUGUUUGUUUGGUGAUACAGUAAACACUGCAUCUAGAAUGGAAUCAACAGGAUCUGCUUUUCGUAUUCAUGUUAGUCCAACUACAAAAUCUAUUCUGGAUAUUUUGGGCGGUUAUCAUUUACAAUUACGUGGUAAAGUUGAAUUAAAAGGCAAAGGUUUAGUUGAUUCAUUUUGGUUAAUUGGAAAGGAUAAUUUCAAUAAACCUCUACCUGAUCCACCGCCAUUAACUGAAGGAGACAAUCAUGGUUUGGCUUCUUUACUUAAACCAGAAGAAAUAAAAGCAAUGGCUGAAAAAAAUAAACUCGACAGUAAUGAAUCAGUUGAAAAGUUAAAAAAUGAUGAUAUACAUACCCAUGAAAAACAAACACAUGAUAAUACUUCACCUAAACGAAAAUCUAGUAAUUAUUCAGUUCAUUUUACUGGAGAAAAUUCUGAUCAACCUACUGGAUCAUCACAAAAUACUGAACGAAAUAAAACGGAUAAAACACGUCGUAAAUCAAGCAAAGGUCCAUUACCUCCAGUUAAUUAA